AUGUGGAGUGACCCGGCGGGCGACGGAUGCACGUCAGAAUGCAAGCUCGAGCAGGGCUUCGUGUGCUUGUACGACGAUCACGAUCGGUUGCUCGGAGGAAGGUGCGAGGCUGUCUGCGGUGAUGGCGUGCGAGUCCAGCAGGAGGACUGUGAUGAUGGCAACACUCGCGAUGGAGACGGAUGUAGCUCCUCCUGUCUGGUGGAGAGCGGCUGGAUCUGCGCGGACAACCUGCACGUCACCAACCACACGACCAGCCUCUGCUACGGGAUCUGCGCUGAUGGCGUUCGAGUUGCAGCUGAGCAGUGUGAUGACGGGAACACCAAGUCAGGCGACGGAUGCGACCAGUUCUGCAGGCUGGAGAGCGGGUAUGUGUGUGCUGACAACGGACUGUGCAGCACCAACUGUGGGGACGGGAUCAUAGCAGGGAAGGAGGCUUGUGAUGACAUGAAUAACAUCAACGGCGAUGGCUGUAAC